GUACACAUCCUUUGAACGCUCAGAUAAUCGAAACAUUCAAAACAUUAUCGGCUCUUUCGAAUAUAUAUAUAUAUGAUUAAUACCGAUACAUGCAAUCGAAUGCGCCGAAACUUCCAAGCCUCGUUAACAAGAAUCACGGUUAAGACUUAACGUGAAUGGGUUUUAACAUUAACCGCUAGGAUAUACCAAACCAAGCAGGGAAGAGACCAAAACAAAAUGCAAUACAUGACCUUUUAUGAAGACACCAAUAAAAAGGAUUGGAAGCAUGGACAUGGGAGAGCACCAAACCAGAAUAGAGGAUAACAACAAAACUAAACAUUUGACAAAUAAACGAUCAUGAACCGUCCACACGUUCUAUUUUCCGGAUGUUCUCGUUUACGGAGAAAUAUUAUUUUGAUAAAUAUUCUUGUAUCCGAAGUUCCUUCGUACCAGGUUAUGCCACAGUUACAUGCUCCCUUUCGUAACUUAUCAAACAUUUUUGCUGUACGUGUAUCAUAAUUCUAGACAAUUCUAUCAACUCAGAAAGCGGCAUUGGUGACUCAACAGGUAGGAGGUAUGAUGUUGCACCCAUUGGAUAUUUAGGACAUUUUCCUUCUCUUUUGUGUUCUCCGUUCUUAAUGGCUCGCCUACAGUACUGGUGUUUUGUCGUUCUGUGUUGAACGUUUACCUUAAAUAGAAAGAUAGUGGGUUCUUCAAUUGUCCCCAGGCGUUAAAGAGAAGGGAAAUGUUGGUCCUAAAUACCCAAUAGGUGCAACAUUUUAGUUCGUUACUUUAAUAUGAGCAUAACAUGGGACAUGAAAGAUUCCCACAUAAAUUGCUUCUUACGCACGUCCAGUGGGUAACAGCAGGUUGUUUUCUCUUUCCGUAAACUGCAGGAGUAUAUAUUGAGAAUUAGCAUGUAAUAAUCGUACUCGCGGAUUGCAGCGCUUACCUUCCAUAUCAUACAUAAAUAACGGCACCAAUUUGUGUUACUGCGUCAGCUGUCUGCCUACAAACUAGGACAUGUGUGUUAUUCCCCUGGUGUAUACAGACAGAGCUUUGGUGUUACGCUGUACAGUGAAGCUAUCAUGGAUCCGGUCGUCAAUAGUCCAGAGGCGUGUAACAGCACGAUGUCCGACCAGGUCCAUUUUAACGUUGGCGGGACGAGAUUCUCUACAACCUGGGCCACCCUUCAAAGAAUCCCUAAUUCCAAACUUGGCCGACUACAGGAAGGUGGCAAGGAGAUACAACAGGAGCACGGAGAGUUCUUCUUUGACAGGAACCCUGCUGUAUUUGGCUGCGUGUUAGAUUUCUACAGAAAUGGUGUCCUGCAUCUGCCGGAAACUGUUUGUGGACGACAGAUUCGAGAGGAAUUAGGAUUCUGGGAUAUAUCAGCUGGCCUCGUUUCCAGUUGUUGUUGGCGGGUUAUGUACAAGGAUAGCGGUGUAGACAAGACAAUGGCGUUUCUAGACACGGAGAUGCCCCUCUUUCCUAACGGCAUGCAGCUGAUUCAGAAAGCUGAGAAGAUGUCUUCCACGAUUUGGAACCUCCUGGAAUACCCCUCGUCAUCGCUGGUGGCUAAGGGGUACAUGCUGUUCUACUUCGUUUGUGUCCUGUUGUCAGUAAUCCCUGACAUGGUGGAUAUUGGAAUCUUACACAUCCUCAAUCUUGCCAAUUUGGUGUUUCUUCUGGACAUCCUGAUCCGCUUCAUCAUGUCGCCAAACAAAGUACAAUUCAUCUUCAGCGUCAUCAACAUUCUGGAUAUAAUCGCCCUGAUGGCCUGCAUCGUGACCCUGAUAGUAAGCCUUGUGGAUAUUGUAUUCGGAAUAAGACUGCCGUUGAUAUUACUCCAGAUAUUCGGAAUAUUUCAGAUGUUUAAGUACAUCCGCUUUAUUCGCGUCUUCAAGGCCAGUCGCACCUUCGCUCUACUCCUCUUGGCGGUUUUUAAGAGUAAGCGGGCGUUAUUGCUUUAUGUCUCGGUCAUGAUGGUUAAUUGUGUGUUUUAUGGUAUCAUCUUCCGCUGGUUUGAAACUAAAGGUGAGGACAGACAGAAUGUUGAUGUUGCAAUAUCUAUAUACUGGGCUUUGAUCUCAAUGACAACCGUUGGCUACGGAGAUAUUUACCCGGUUACUACCGGGGGGAAGGUCAUUGGCGUCCUCUGUGCGAUCAGUGGAGUAAUCCUAUUUACAUUACCUAUCUCAGUUAUUUACCAAAACUAUAAAACGCUGUACUCUCGUAACCGUGAUCGCGAAAAUCACGCGAUUGACCUUGACCGGUAUCGACCGACUUUAGUGCCGUUUUACCAGCCAACGCAAAGUCUUUGAUACAUGAUACAUAGGAAUUCUUGAAGUUCCAAUCCCUAAGAAGGGUUUGAUUAGUCCUUUGAUAUAAGAAUGUUUACGUUUGUAAUAUGAUAUUUACAUUUUUGUUAUUUGUCGAACUUUUAGGUUCGACAAAAUUAAAAAAAAAAAUGUAAAUAUCCAAUAAUAAAUGUAAAAUAAUCACGAUAUGGACAUUCGAAGUCUUAUAUCAUAGGAUUAGGUUUAUGAUGUAUGCUAUAUUGUGUCCUCAUUUCAUGGUUCGAAGACGCGGUGACAUCCAGGAUCUCUUACCUUCCCUCUAAAGUUUGUCUCUCCCUAGUGUUUCCAUCGACAUUGCCUUUGAUCGUGUAAGGAAUACUACACGUUCUAUUUCCAGGUCGUAUGUGAAAACCAAAGUAAUUAGAUUUGCUAUUCACUUGG